GUGUGUGUACCACUGGUCUCUUUCGGGCAGAGAAUAGAAAAGUUGGGGCAAAGUCUGAGUCAGCUCCAGCAGCUACUAGACACUCACAGCAACUCCCUCCACAGUGACAGACUGCUUCUCUUUCCUUUUUUUUUGUACUGCUCUUUCACUCAGUCAUUCACUCUCUCUCUCUCUCUCUCUCUCUCUCUCUCUAUCUCUCUCUCUCUCUCUCUCUUUCACACACACACACUCACACACACACACACACACCACCACCAUUCACUUCUGGCAGAGGGAAGACAGGACCACAGGAGAACAGUUACACACCUUUACUUCCAGUUAUUCACCCAGCCAUCGCCAGACACUUUUUCCCAGGAUGUGGACGCUUCUCUUGGGGGUCACCUUCGGAUUACUGGCCUCCUCCAGGUCCGAACAACUUCAAGUGAAUUCCCGCGGCUGCAGCUUUGCACGGGUAUUUCUGGCUGAGGGGGAGAGCCGUCACGCUCUGACCUUUGAAAUGGCUCAAAUGGUGUGUGAGCAGCUGCAGAGCGUAUUGGCCAGUCAAGAACAAGUCCAGCAGGCCUUUGAAAACUCCAUGCAGACAUGCAGGAAUGGCUGGACCAGCAAUAUCAGUACUGCCAUCCUCAGACAGGAUUCCCAUGAAAACUGUGCAAACAAGUCGACUGGCCUCAUUAUUAAUACACAUGUAAACGUUGAUGAUCCUUAUGAUGCCUACUGCUAUGAUGAAACAGUUGGGCCUGAGAAGAACUGCACAAAACGAUUUGUAUUAAAAGCCACACCAGAGCCUCAGGAGUCAACAACAGAAGGCCUGGAAGAGACGACUACAAAACCUGAGGAUGCUUCUGGCAGUGAGGGUGGGGACCCCACAGCAGCCCCUGGGGAAGAUGCUCUUACUGAGGGGUCUGAAACAACGCUGUCAGACUCCACUAUUAGUCUAGAAGAGACAGAGACUGCGACUGAGGGCCCCGCCGUGGAAGAAACAACUGUGGAGUUCGACCUUGGAUCUGGUAUGAUGCCAUCUGGAGAGGGAAAGAACACUCCGACGGCCCCUGUUGGAGAGCCUAAGUAUACACAAGCUCCCACUGAAGAGGGGCAUGAUGGAGAAGAUGUCACAAUAGAAUCUCCACCAGAACAACCAAAUCCUAAUGGCAAAGGACGGGUGCUGGGUCCUACUGAGCAGGGCGGAGGUUCAUCAAACUGGCUGGUUAUCCUUGUAGUGAUUGUUGCAGUUGCUGCUAUUCUUCUCGUGUGCGCAGCUGUUGUAAAAAGAAAGAGUUGGUGUGGCCAACAGCAGACCCUGAUGAUCACGUCCAAAGAUGGCGGCGAGGGCAACGGUGCUGCAGCAUCAGCAUCCAGCUCGCACGCCCAGGAGAGAGAGCAGGAGAUGGUGACCCUGAUGAAUAAGGAGAAGAUCACGGAGAACGGCAACACGGAGGAGUUCACCGUCAUCAAGCUAGAGGAGUCGCCAGAUAAAGAACAGCUGGCGUGAGAGAGUGUAGAAGCAGACGGGGAAGAGUCGGGGAGGAUGGGGAGGGUGGAGUCGGACGGGGGGGCGGGGUGGGGCUCUAAACACUGGGGGUGAAAACUGCUUUGGUGGCCAGCACUGGAUGGACACUGAGUAAAGGUGUCUGAUAUUUAGAAAUAUGGUCUAACGGAAGUACACUGGGUGUGACUUUCAUGUGCAGCAUUCUGUGUGUCUGGUAUGCCAGAUUAGUGAGGACUGAAUGGCGGUUUAGGAGCGUCAUUCACUGUGGGGUAUCAUGCAGGGUGUGUGAAUGUGUCUCAUGUCUCUGUGUUUAAUGACGGGAUGGGUUUUAAAGGGAGGGGGUGGUGAGGGUCUUAUUUGUGGAAAACUAGUUGUUGACAGACUCUUCUCUUUGUUUUUAUAAUUGGUUAUUCCUAAAUUAUCUGGCCUUUUAGCCUUAAUGGGAAAUAAUAAAUAGUUAAUGAGUGGGUUAUUCUUGUUUGAGAUACUGCAAAUAGAAAACACAUAAUUUUGAGCAAAACAACCCGCAAUGUUUUAUUUCUUUGAUUUAUGUACUUAUUAUUGUAACCCUGUGUAUAUUUCAGCCGUGCCUGUGGACUAAAGUUGUUUUGUUGUUGCCAUUUUCAAGACGACUGGGGAUGUCACCACCUUAAUUUAUGCAGCUUUUAUUCCCUUUUUCUUGUUCUCUGUAUAUAAAGUGUAUGUUUUGCCUUAGCAAUAGCCACCAGUGCUUUUUGUUGUUUGGUAGAAAGGAGGCGUUGUAUCCCUUUUAAAUAAAGGUUGUGUCAUGUUUUGAGAGUUAUUUAAAUAGAAAAACAAUACCUCAGAGGUAAACAAUUGUAAAUUGAUUUUUGCAAUAGUCAAAGUGGAGUGGAUAUUGCAAGCGAGUAUCCAAACAGUACAACGGAUGCACCAUGGAAGUCAGUUAAUAUGGAAUGAUUUAUUUUGGGUUGGAAAUAUGAUGAAAUUAAGUCCCUAAUGUUAUCCUGAGGAUAAGUAGAAUGAAUAUGAUAUACUGUAUGCAUACUAUAUACACAGUGUGUACAUUGAUUGAGGAAAAAAAGAAAGAGCAAAAUAAAUAACUGGAUACAUGAAUCAUUUUUUGAAUGUAGGAUUAAAACUCAACCGUGAUAGCGGCCUAGCUUUAGAUGCUAAACUGCAUGGCACAUAUGAUAAUGGGGGGCCCAUGUGCUGUAAACCAUAGCAAUGUAAAGGUUCCUUCAUAAGAAAGGGGCUGUGACAGCAUCGUCUAUGUGCUUCCGAGGGGAGGGGGGGGGGGAUGAAUGAAGCUUGCGUGCUUGCCCAUGCCUCAGUGUGACAGUCUCUGUACAUUUGUCACAUGUAAACAAAAUGCUGCAGUUUUUCUACUGACCUUCUUAUUGGUGAAAUGUAUUAUUCAUUGUGUCAUAUCGCUAUUGCUUGUAUGACUGCUAAUUCUUACCGGUUUCAGUAUGAAAAGGCUGCAUUACAUACAACGUUCUUUUGUUGUUUUUUUCUGACUUGUUCUUGUAUUUUUCCUGCUUUUGCUCUUUUGAUUUGUUUUGAAGAGAAGUAGCAAAUGUACUAGUUUAGGCAGGUUUUAAGAAAAAUUAACUGAAGAUGUCGCUGAAAAGAUUUGUAAAGUCAUGGACAAAAAUAAAUGUGUAUAGAGAAAUAUG